UAUAAUGAACAUAAGUCCACUGUCAAUUGUUAAAGGAAAAGAAACUUCUCAUCCUUCACUUCCACACUCAAACUCUUUCACCAAGUUAGAAAGGGAAAAUGGAAUAACUGAUUUAGGUUUCCUACAACCUUCCUUGCGUGAAGAGUCGUUUGGUAAGAAGCAUCAGGAGAAGAAACCACUUCUUGAAGCUGUGGAACCAAUCUCCUAUGUUGUCCCACCAAAGCCUGACCUCACCUCAACAACUCUGAGAUCAUCUGUUCCACUUGAUCAUAUUUCAUACCCUGCUUUAAGUGUUAGUAGUGAAGUUUCAACACGGGUUAUUAAUGCUCGAUCCAGAUCGGGACCAGGAAGACUAACCUGUGGUUCUUCUCCUACCCAACAAGAAACUCCGGCCAGUAGUAUGCUUAAAUCUAGCUCUAGUAUGACCUGUCCUAUGUCCUUGUCCACACCCAGAAACCAACACUCUCCAGGUGAAGUGGCAACAGAUCCUUCUUCUGAGUACUUCCUACCCCAUUUAGGGCAUGAAGACCUGGAAACCCUAGAGAUUAGGAUAGAUGGACUGAGCAG